CGACCAUAAAAGUGAGUCAAAUCCCGAGAAGUCAGUAUUAAAUCCACCAACGGUCCAAAUGGGAGUCAAAGAAGAAGAGGAGCAGCCAUUAAAGGAGAGCUGGGACGUCCGACACGGGAAACCAUGAUGCAAAGUUACAAGAAGACUCUUACCAUUGUCCUCACUGAUCAUCCCAGCCAGGGUGAAGAGGCCAAAAACCACCAGGGAGAAGACCACGGUCAGAGCCUCCAGCCCUGCAAAGAGAGAGACCAUCGCCGUCUGGGGGGGGGAAAGAAGGACCUUUAUUUGGCUUCCCGGCACAGCAUGCACGGCGAAAUCCCGCUCGUAGAAAGAGGCUGGCACGCCAACACACCCUCCUCCCUCGCUCUCGGCAGGAAGAAGAGGGGUAGUUUCCCCGUCGCCAUGACGACCUCACAGCCCGCCAUCUCUGCCGCCGUCUCGCUGUUGCCACGGUGACCUGAUCCCGCUCCCCUCCUCCUGCACGACCGAGGGGAAGGAAGUCGGGGAAUCGCCGCGCCCCGGCCGCUCCUUUCGGACGGAGAGGCGGAUGGCCGCCGACAGGAGGGCGGCGUGGACGCUGUGCGAGUGACGUGGCGUGGAGAGAGCGGCGGCGGCAUGCCCGUGCAGCAGAUGACGGUGGUCCCGGCCGGCGCCCCUCGUCCCAAAGACAGGAAUGAGGGUCAGGCCAAGACCCCCGGUCGCUCAGGGAGUCGAUCCAGCAACAUCUCCAAGGCAAGCAAUUCCACAGCGGGACAAACGAUUGCCUCCAAGACGUCCAUCACCCCGUCUUCUCAGGACAUCUGCAGUGUUGGUCACCUGACCCCCGUAGAGGAGAAUGUGGCCGCUGAAUUGCCCAAAGCGAUCACCGCCAAGAGGACGGUCCCCAUCACAGGGCGUGGCCCCUCACGUGCGGCCCCCAAGAAGCAGGUUAAGCGCCGCCACCGCCGCAAGAAAAGCAGCUUCGUGGCCUUCAACUGCGUAGACGCUAACGCCACGCGCCAGCCAGUGGACCGCAGCGAGCGCAGCCUCAGCUCCGACCGCAGCGAGAAGCGGGAGCGGCCCUCGCGCGGUCGCCGGGAGAUGGCGCCUCGCCUCCGCUGCUCGGCCGCCGCCUGCUCCGACUCCACCUCCUUGGACGACGAGCCGCCCCGGCAGGCCCGCAGCUGGAGCAAGGACAAGUGGCGGCGAGCGCGGCGCCGUAGCAAAGGCUGCGAUGAGGUGACGGAGGUGUUGGAGCUGCAGUCGCUGGGCUCCGACGAGUGGAAGGAGGAGCGGCCCCUGGAGGAGGACGGCCUGAAGAAACGCUGCAGCAGCAGCAGCAGGUGCUCCGUCACCAGACACCACCUGCACAGCGCUGACAGAGAGGUCAAAGGUCACGAGUCAAACAGCACAGUGAACAGCUCCUCGCCGGCGGAGGACGGCGAGGAGCUCAUCACCAAGAAGUAUCAGGAAGAAGUAUCGGUGGGCGGGGACAUGUCGGCGCCAACGCCUCAGAAGCGGUGUGGCGUGAAUGGCGGCGCACCUCUCAUGUGCUCUGAUGAUUCUGAGAUGGAGGUGUGCAGGAUCUGCCACUGCGAGGGUGAGGAGGAGUGUCCCCUCAUCAUGCCAUGUCUCUGCACUGGCAGCCUGAGCUUCGUCCAUCAUGCAUGUCUCUACCAGUGGAUCAAGUCCUCCGACACACGCUGCUGUGAACUCUGCAAGUACCACUUCAUCAUGGACACCAAGCUCAAACCUCUGCGCAAGUGGGAGAAGCUGCACAUGACCAAGAGCGAGAGGAGAAAGAUCUUCUGCUCCGUGAUGUUCCACCUGGUAGCCAUCAUGUGCAUGCUGUGGUCCGUCUACAUCCUGGUCAGGAGGACCACAGAGGAGAUCAAACUGGGGAAGAACGAGGAGUUAUGGAGGGUUUCUCUCCUGAAGUACUAUACUCCAGAGGGCGUGCUGGAGUGGCCCUUCUGGACCAAACUGAUCGUGGUGGCCAUCGGCUUCACGGGGGGUCUGAUCUUCAUGUACAUCCAGUGCAAGGUCUACCUGCAGCUGUGGCGCCGCCUCAAGGCCUUCAACCGCAUCAUCACCGUGCAGAACUGCCCCGACAAGAACACGCAUCGCCGCCCGCCCACCGGCCCCCGCUCCUCCGCCAACGGCAAGCGCGAGACGGCAGAGGUCACGCCGGGGACCCACCUGGACUCAGAUGCCUCCCUGGAGGGCACGGUGGCUCCCAGGCAGAACCCCGUGUGACCAAACCAGGCUGGACCUGCGUCCACGUGUUUGUCUCUCUCCAGGCCGGCAGGGCCGUUUGGCUCCUGGUGCCAUGGAGGCUGAGGACCCCCAAAAAGGCUUGCGAGGACCAUUUUUAUCCUGCUUUUUGACGCUUGUACUCUUUCUUUGUACUGUUCUUAAAGCGCCUGGCUUUUUUUAGGUUUCUUUCAAAACAGGACUGGCACAAAUUUUCUGCCAUCUGACAUAGUGUCAGAGUCCUGUUGUGUUGAAAGCGAUUGUCGCAGAGUAUUUUUGUAUUAUCAUUUCCCCAAUUAAAAGGGGAAAUUACCUUUUUUUUUUUUUUUUAUAAUUGUGUCUAUCAUUUACAAUCCUUAUGUAAGACAAGAACACAUGUUAUUCUUUUUUUAUGCAUUCCAACUCAUAAAUAAAGGCUAGCAAAAGUCAGCUAACAAUGAAGUUAAAGGGAAUCACUCUAUUCCACCUAUAAAGCGCUCUAAAAACUUCCAUUAAGUUUUUAUAUACACAGUAUAAAUGUAAUGUAGUAACGGGUACAUUCAUAUUUACAUGUAAUAUAUAUAUAUAUAUAUAUAUAUAUAUAUAUAUAU